UGAUGUUUUUUUCUUCUUUUCUAACACAAAUGUUUCUUCUACCAAACGUUUGUUGUUUGAGGAGUGUUAGAACAUUUGAAGAACAAAAAACUCCCUCUUAAUUGUAUUGACAGUGUGUCUUAUUCACACUUUGCACAUUUAAAACCUGUGUGUAUGUGUGUUACAUGCAUGUACGACAAAACCUUGCACCCUGCACAGAAAAAGCAAAAGUCACAGGUGUUUAUUUCUUUAUACUGUCAGUGUAAGUUGGUGCUUCAUGUGCUUACUUAAAUGAUGGUCUGUUUGUACUGUACUGAUGCAAAACCUUAUUUUUAUUUGCCUUUGCAAGUGAUUUAUAAUGUUUUGCUGGUUUGGCAAGAAUAUAGUUUAUGACAGAAAUAAAUAGAUAUAUAGAUGGUAUCUAAGCGUUCAGAAAGAAAAUAAAUACAUCUCUAUGCUGCCAUCUAUUGGAAAAAUAGUUUAAUGUUAAAACAUGUUAAAAACCCAAAUUAGCAAAGUUGAAAACAUACAAAUUUGCAUUAAAGUGAUUUUAGUUUUAAGCUUUACACAGAGGCUCUGCUUUAAAGCAAAUAUGAACAUGGACAAAUUAACAAAUACUGUAAUCAAGAAUUCUCACAGGAGCAGUUUGAUGAUCUGCAUUUCCAUGAAAACUGGGCAAUGAAAGUAGUAUGAUAAGGUUGAAAGCUCCAGAACAAGCAAGUGAAUGGACUUAAGUUGAGAUUGUUUGGUUUUUCCAAAAUCAGGAAUGAUGUAAAACAAUUCAGUCAAGUUAUGAACAUUGAAACUGUUUUUUUGCUCACUUUAAUCUUUCCUCCUGUUCAUACUGACUGUCUCCUCCAAAUGUGCCUUCAGUGCAAGUGAUGGGGGACAAAUCCAAAGUGAUUGUUUUGAGCAAAACUGUAUUUUAAAGUUUAUCUGAAUAAUAUAGAUAAAAUGAGAUAAAGAUAAUAUAUAUCUUCAGCUGUCCAAGUCAAAGUGGAUAUCUUUCUGGUUACAGUGUUUUUAGUAAAAACAUUCUGCUUAUUUGCAGUGGAAAAAUCAUAACAGUAAGAGCACUAAAAUGACUAGGAAUGAUACUGACUUGAUUUGAUUAAAUUGGACUUGGCUGUGGGUUUUUCCCCCACAUCACUUACAUUGAAAGUGCAUUAUAGAGGGAUCUCCUAAUGGGCAGUAUGAACAGGAGAAAAGAUUUUGGAAAGAAGUGUUUGUGUUAAUUUGGAACAUAAUGCAUGUGUAUGCACGUGUGUAUAGUGCCAUGAUUUUGGAAAAUCAUGGCACUAUACGCCCAAAACCUUAGCAACAGGACAGGGGUAAUUUGAAUUCAGGCCCAAAAACACUGGCUGAAUAACAGUUCACAGCAGUGGGUCACAGGCGAAUUGGUCAUAAGAGGAAUACAGACAAACAUACUUCAGCUGUGCCAAAUAUCUAAUCUUUGCUUUUUUUCUUGUGAAAUAUGGGAUCAUAUGGUCACAAAUGGUAGACAUAAGCAACUGCUGAGGAGGGGUUAUAUAAGUUAAUUCAACCUUCAUUUGCACUUUAGAUGACACUUUGAGAAUCAAGAGUUCAGGUUUGCUGGGCUAGCAAAAAACAACGCUACAAAAAAGCAGAUAGAAAAGCAAAGAUGUUAACCAAAUAUAAAGUGCAUCAAAACACAAGGGGAGCAGCAUAAGCAUGGUAUCAAGUCACCACUAAAACAAUUUCAGUUAAGAUUUAUCACUUCCACAGAAAUUAUCUGAAACCCCCGCGAAUCAACUGAGUAUCAAGUUUCUAAAUUAUUGCAAAGAAUUGUGAGUUGGAGCAAUAAUUCAGAAGGAAGUUUCAGUUCAGGUUGUUUUUGUUUUGAGACCUGUAUCUGAAACUAGCCUGUAGAACAGGUUUCGAAAAGAAAGGUUUGUUUGGACAACCUCUAUGAAUAAACAAAAGCCAGAGAUAUUUUCAUCACACAUACUUGGAGGGAGGUGCUGCCUUUUUUUAAAUAAUAAACUAAUAAACUAUAUUCUUACAAUGUAUGUUAACACUGUGUACAAAAUAUUAGGAACAUGUUUUAAUAUAAUUCAGUACAGUACACAACACCACCUGGUGCGACAUUAAUAAGAAACACAAAGUCGACUGAUCACCUUUCUGACAAUGUCAAGACAAACUGAAAAUGUAAACAUUUCCUAAAAGUAGAAUUUAUAUCAGAGCUGUUGUAUUGGAUAGCAUUAGAUAGCACAAGUGUUCCCAACAUUCACUGAGUGUAUAUUCACCUUUUGUUUUACAUUUGUUGUUUUUGAUAUCCUCCACCAGGGGGUGUUCUCAACUAGCAAUUCUACACAUGAAACAGGCAACGCUUAAGAGGACCAAGAGAUUAUCUGUAAUUUAUGGGUGUAUUGUACAUACUGUGGGGAUAAUGGGAAACUGAGGUGCAUGUGUGUAUAUGGUGACUGGGAAAGGUGGCAACAGAGUGAGGAUCAGUGGUGGGAUGGAUGGGAGAGGAACAGCGGGUCUGUUGUGUCAUGUGAACUGUUUUGUUUUCUUUUGCACCUCAGGGCCACUGUAGAAAAGCAAAAGGUGUAAACAAUUAAAUCAGUAAUAGCUCAGUUGAACCUACUGUAGACAUGAAGUCCCAGUCAUUACUUCUGUAUAUUUAUGUUGGUCAAAAUUCAUAAAUGAUUGGUGCAACCUUUAAGAAAUGCACUUGUAAUUCAUUUUAAAUAUACAUCCAAAGGAAACAUGAACACAGUCUGACAGUUGCAGAAGAUGAUAUGGUAUUUUUAAUUAAUCGAAAAUACAUUUUUUGUCAUGUCACAUGCAUUUUCACAUUUUCAGUUCUGUGAAGUGAAACAUGCAACAGUCACAGCAAUGUAUCUUCCUUUUAGUUUAAGUUUAACCUCCACUAGGUGUUAUUGCCUAAUAGUUAUGUAUAGGAGGCUCAAUCAAUUACAGUAGACAGAACAAAAUGCAUGUGUGUGUGUUGUUUCUGUGUUGAUUUUUUAUGGUUUUAUUUCAGAAUUUUUAAAACUAUGCUUUGAAAUGAUUUUAUCAUGUAAAUCAGGUGCUUUUAUGCUAUUAUUAACCCUCCAUUGGAUGGUGUUCUAAUAAGGCCUGUGAGUCACAUAUUUGAUACAGUGUGUAACUGUAUGCUUACUCGAGUCAAAAAACUCUUGUCGGUGUGUGCUGUAAUUCUCACCAAGCUCACUGUCCCCGGACUCUGUGUCAAUUCAAGUCAAGUCAAAUUUAUUUAGCACAUUUCAUACAGCAGGCGUAAACUCAAUUAGCUUAAAAACAAGUAAAGAUCAUACAUGACAAAAAUAUAUAACAUUACAUUAACAUUACAUAUAUAAAACAAAUAAAAUAAAACAUAAAAUAAGAAGAUGUUACAUAUAUAAAAACAUAAAAACAUACAAGAACAUAUAAGACAGCAUAUAAAAUUAGAAGGUGAGAAGGUAUUACAAUAAGAGAGUAGGGUAAGAAGUAAUAUUAUUAUCAUUGUUAAAAGAAAUAACAAUAAUAAUACUGUUUCUAGAAAGAAGGUUUUACCCAUUAACCUAACUAAAAGCUUGCGAAAUAAGAUAUGUUUUUAGUCUGCUUUUAAAGGAAGACACUGUUGUAACAGACCUGAGUUCAUGUGGUAAAGAAUUCCAAAGAGUAGGACCAUAAUGGCUGAAGGCAUCAUGAGCUGAUUUAGUAUUUAUUCUAGGUAUGGUGAGGAGACCUUUAUUUGAUGAUCUCAAGGGUCUGUCUGGCGUGUAUUCAGAGAGCAUGUCAACAACGUAAGAGAGAGCUAGGCCGUUUAUAGCUUUAAAAACAAUAAGAAGUAUUUUAAAAUCAAUUAUUUGCUUUACUGGUAGCCAGUGAAGAGAAAGUAAAACAGGAAGGAUGUGUUCACACCUUCUGGUUUUGGUUAAUACUCUGGUCUGGCUGCAGCAUUCUGAAUAAGCUGGAGUUUAUUAAACAUUUGCUUUGCCAGUCCAGCAAAGGGUCCAUUACAAUAGUCUAGUCGACUGGAAAUGAAUGCGUGAACCAACUUUUCAGAAUCAGACUGUGACAGGAAAGAUCUAACUUUGGAUAUAUUUCUCAGAUGAUAAAAAGCAGUCUUAGAGAUACUGGAAAUGUGCUUCUGAAAGUUAAGAUCAGCAUCCAAGAUCACACCCACGUUUUUCACAUGCUCACAGGGUUUUACUGAUAGGGGAGUUAACAAAGAGCUAAUCUGAUGCCUCAAAGUCUUCGGACCUGCUAAAAGAAUCUCCGUUUUGUCUUCAUUUGGCUGCAAGAAAUUUUUGGCCAUCCAAUAUAUAACUUCAGUAAUGCACUGGAUGAUAUCAUUCACUGGGUUAAGGUGGUUGGCAGAAACAUAUGUAUAACUGUGUGUCGUCAGUAUAGGACUGAUAUGAUAUGUUGUAUUGUUGAAUGAUGGACCCAAGUGGGAGCAUAUACAAAUUAAACAGUAGAGGGCCAAGAAUUGACCUUUGAGGGACUCCAUAUGGAACGUUGACUACAUCUGAUUCAGAGUUACCAACAGCAACAGAAAAAAGAUCUACCAGUAAGCAAGGCCGUAGCCAGGAUUUUUCAAAUACAGAGGUCAAAAAUAAAACCACAAUUUAUAUGACUGUUAAGUUUAAUCCAUGAUGUAUUUAUACUGCUUUCUUGCUUUGCAUUUCUCAGUCAUGGUCAUUCUUGUGGUCCAGUUCUUUCUUAUCAUUUCCAAUUUUGCAACUUAAAUCAACUCCUAUUUCAGUAUUCUACAACUUCCAUGGUUGUAUAUUUAAAAAUUAUAACUGCAAUAUAUUAUUUUCUUUGUUUGUUCUUAAAAUGUGGAAUGGAGCACGGCCUGCUGGGAAAGGGAGAAAAGGGCUCAUCUAAUGAAUGAACAGUUUGCAAAAUCGUGUCAAGUCCAAUUCACAAAUGAAGACAACAUAUUUCUGGCGAUUUCAAGGCUUCACUCCACCGCUGGCUAUAGCCGGAUACGGUUUUGACAUGGCAGCGGAAUCUUCAAGUACGUGUCACAUGACAGUCUGUUGAUGCAAGGAUAAUUGUCUCGUCGGCUAUUUUCACUUCCCAAUUAAACGAAACUUCAAGAAAAAAAUACUGAGGACAUGACCUCGGUGUCCUCAAUGGUAGCUACGGCCAUGCCAGUAAGGUUGCACAUCAUCGCCCACAUCAGACUGUACAGGAAGCACUGUUCCUUCGCUGUCUCAAAGUUAAAAACUUCAACAGUACGUAGUCAGUGCUACUGAAGUCGAGGAUAAUGCUACUCUAUUGGUCCAUGUUGUUGCUCUGUCUCUCUGCCAAUGCGGAGAACAGUAUAUACCGAGAGCCUGGUCAGAGCGUCACCUUGAAGUGUUCUUCUGCAGGAUGUCUCAACAACAUUACAGAUUAUGUAGGGAUGUAUCUCUAUAAAGGUUUUGAGAAGGAAAACGUGAUUUACUAUCACCCUAAUCCCAAGUCAGAAGACAAAAUCACCCCAGGCAGAAGAUACAAAGAUAGGAUUCAGAAGAAAGGGUCUAUGGAUAACCACACCAUCACCAUCCGCAAUCUGAACUUGAAUGACUCUGGUUCAUACAUCUGUGUGUACAAAAGGUUUCCCAUAGGUGACAUGCAGUGUAAUAACUACACAGUUGAAGUACAAGUUCCACAGUGCCCCACAGUGCCACCAAGUCACGCUCCUCAUACAGCUGCCUCAACACAUAAACCUAUAGGUGUGAACCAUGAGUGUCCAUUCCUGUUGAUCAUCAUCCCUACGGCCGCCAUCAGCAUGCUGGUAACAACAAUCUUCACCCUGUUGAUCAUCCCGAGGGUAAAACUCUGGAUUUGCAGCAGAAUGACAAGAAGCACCCUGCCGGUGUCCGGUGAUUAUGUGUAUGAAACUAUGAGCAAGAACGGAUUACAACGUCUGGCAGUUGCAGAGCAUCCAUUGGAUAGCCCGUAUGGUAUAAUUGCUUAGAAAAGCAGAUCAGACAUGUUUCCUUGGUAACCGUUUUCUUCUUUUUUUAUUGAGUGUUUUCUGCUUUAACUUUUCAAAUCAAUUCAAUCCACAUGUUACUUAAGACAAAAACGUUAAAACUGUUGUGAAGGUAACAUUAAUUUCAGUGAUUAAUAUUUGAACGCAUUUGUUUGUAAUGGUCUUGUUUUGACUUUGUUUGACUGCUUAAUUAAUUUGUGCUUUCACAAAGUGCUUGGUGGUCUCAACUCAUAUCCAAAGUAGUUAAUUAUCAUUAUCACAUUGAAAGGAUGUAAUUUAGGUGUUACUGGAAAUUAUUUGCUUGGCUCUUUAACAAUUUAUGUUGUAUAAUCACAAUAAGCAAGACCCACAGCAGAGCAAAUCAAAACUGAGCUCUAAAACUAUACAAACAAGAGAUGCAAAAAUAAGAAUCAUUCAAAAGAAACCAGAGCGGGAGGUUGAAAUCAGCCUGAAGCAGAGAUGAUCAGAGUAGAUCAUAUUAUUGCUUUGUUUAAAUUUGAUGACAACACAUAUGGGGUGGUUAGAUGGAUAAUUUGCAUAAGUGUAGAGUCCUCACAUAGUUCUAAAUAAAAUCUAAUAUAACUCAUACAUUAAUAAUAGAGUUAUUAGGCUGAGCACAUAUAUGGAAAAUGGUAAACAUGAAAAUGAAAAGGUAGAAAUUAUGAUGAUGAUGAUGAUGAUGAUGAUGAUGAUGAUGAUGAUGAUGAUGAUGGUUAUUGUAGUAGUAGGAGUAGUAGUAGUAGUAGUAGUAGUAGUAGUAAUUUGUUCAUUGGGGCUAUGUACAGUGUUAAACAUAAAUGUUACCAUUUGAUGUAAGUCACCUUAUAGCUAAUUUUCAUUUGCAGUCCCUUCAGUGGGUUAAUAUUAAAACAUAUAACAGCACAAUAACAAACAGUAUAAAGCAAAAAAAAAACACACAGGACACAUACAAAGUACAAAGCUGUCAUCAAGUAGGGUGUUCCACUGAGUUGUGGCUUUCACAAUGAAUGCUGGCUACCCAAAUGUAAUGUGACAAAACGGUAGGGUGUUCCACUGAGUUGUGGCUUUCACAGUGAAUGCUGGCUACCCAAAUGUAAUGUGACAAAACGGUACAAUCUCUUAUAGAGGAUACACUGGAGGAUCUAAUAAAACAUACUGAGCAGGUAUACACAUAGUCACAUAGUGGAGGGGGGACCAAACCACACUGUUUGUGUAUACACAAACAGUGUUAUAUACAUGCAUUUGAAGAUACAUAUGAAAACACCCAUGCCAGUGCCCUCGAUGAGAAGGUAAAUUCAGAGAGUUUUGAUAUUAAAACAAUUAUUUUAAUGUUAAUAAUUGUAACUAUGUAUCAUUAUAAAAUAAAGGUAAUUACAA